CUUUGUUUACAUAAACGCCGAACUUAUUUUUGCCCUCUUGCAGACAGUUUCUUCAUCACAUGCAAUGAUGUAAUAUAAUGUGCAAUUAUGUAACUAAAUCACAUAGUACUGUUUGUUGUACAGUAUGCGUUUGGAAAAAAAGGAUGCAAAUACUUUUGAGUAACUGCUACAUCACGGUUAAAGGUGAGUGUUUUGGGUUUCACGUCUGAUGGUGAUGGAGCAGUUUGAGCCACAGUUCUGAGCACCCGGGUUCAAGCCCAGCCCCGCCUGUGUGGAGUUUGCAUAUUGUCCCCCGUGCCUGCGUGGGCAUUUCUCAACUGAUUGUAUUACACAAAAAAUAAUAAUUACAUGGACUACAUAGAUUGUGUAAUUAAAUUACAUAACCUUAUUACAUAUUUGUUACACUCCAAUACUGUAUAUAAAAGUGCACUCCAUGUACCUUUUACGUAAAGGUUAAAUAAAUCAGCAGUAGGGAAUUAAAAGAGAAUAAUGCGCCAUCUUUCGCUAUACAAACUAUCUAUGAUAUGAGUGAGAAGCUGUGCAAGUGUGCAAACAGAAAAGAAACUCGUCCCAGGAACCCGUACGAGCCUGUGACGUCACCCUCUUUAUCUCGGUGGAGUCGGUCGCGCGCGCGCGCGGCCCCGAUGAAGGCGGAUGCUUUGUGACGUCACAAACAACAGAACGCCGACGUCGACAUUUCGCGUCGGUAUUCGCGCACUCGUCUCGGCUCGUCUGUCGCGUCUUCCUCCCUACGACGACGUUUUUGUGUUCCUGUCGUCGCCCGGAGCCCAGCGACGAUGACCGCGGCCGCCAGGCGCCAGUCGUGCUUUCUGUGCGACCUGCCCCGCAUGCCCUGGGCCUUCAUUUGGGACUUCAGCGAGGCGGUGUGCCGAGGUUGCGUCAACUACGAGGGAGCCGACCGGGUCGAACUGGUCAUAGACACCGCCCGCCAGCUGAAGCGGGCCCAGGGCCUCCGCGAGGGCCGGGCGGGAGGGAAGCCGCCGCCUCCGACAGCAGCCAAGGAGCUCCACCAGCAGGCCGCGGAAGAGAUCGCAUCCUCCCGCUACCCGCUACCCGACAGGCCGCCGCCUCGCCUGGGCCCGGAGUACCAGACCGCGGCGGCGGCGACGACGACUAGGCUCGUCAACGGCUUCCCCAAAGCCGACGACCCGCCCGAACUGAACCGCCAGAGCCCCACCGACCCGCGGCGGUGCCUGGUGCCGCUGCUAAGCGUCGGCCACCCCCACGCCACCGCCGUCCUGGUGCCCAGCGAGGCGACCGCGCUGCGGGUUGACAACCACAUGGCGGCGGAGGGCAGGAGCGUGCGCGAGCUCAUGGCCGUGCACGCGCUCGACACCAGGUUAAAAAAGGAGCACGUGGGCGCGCACGGGAUGAUGACGUACGAAGGCCACGCCUCUUCCAAGACAGAGAGGGGGAAGAACCCCCGCAGCUUGAAGAGGAAGGCGUCACCCGAGCCAGACGGCAAAAGCGCCCCCCCCAAGUUGAACGACGCCGAGGGUUCGCCCUGGUUCCCGUCGCACUCCGAGGCGGUCAAGAUGGCCCCUGCCCCACCGCCCGGCUUCUCGCCCCCUGGGGCGGCAGCCCCCCCGCCACAGAACGCUCAGCUGCCCGUCGCCGCGUUAAUCCUGACCACGGACAAUGCGGGCGCGCCCAAAGACGCCGCCCGGGCGAGGCGGAACAGCGGCUCCCCGCCUGGGCCCGGGGGGGACCCGGGGGCGCCGGGCGGCAUCCCGCUCUGCUGCACGUUGUGCCACGAGCGCCUCGAGGACACGCACUUUGUCCAGUGCCCGUCGGUGGCGUCGCACAAGUUCUGCUUCCCGUGCUCUCGCGCCAGCAUCAAGACGCAGGGCGCCAGCGGGGAGGUGUACUGCCCCAGCGGGGGGCGCUGCCCCUUGGCCGGCUCAGACCUGCCCUGGGCCUUCAUGCAGGGGGAGAUCACCACCAUCUUGGCUGGAGACGUCAAGGUGAAGAAGGAGCGGGACUCCUAACAAGGGUUCCUCUUGUUAACCGCGGCGACCGCGGGGCCCAGUGGACUCAAAACUGUGACGUCUUGUAUUUUUUUGUGUUUUUUUUUUUGCUUUUUCACAACGCUUGGUGUUUGUACAUUUUUCAACACAACCAAUUGCAGUGAGCACUUGGGCAAUAAAAACAAACCACUCA